GUGCUGGUCACCUGGAUGAUGUUACCAUCACAAGUGCUCGUCCUGGACCUGGUGUGCCUGUGACCUGGGUGGAGAGCUGCUCCUGUCCAGCAGGAUAUGAGGGGCAGUUCUGUGAGCGCUGCUCCUCUGGGUACCGGCGAGAGACACCAAGCCUUGGGCCCUACAGCCCCUGCGUGCCUUGUGCUUGCAAUGGGCACAGUGAGACAUGCGAACCAGAGACGGGUAUGUGCAAUUGCAGGGAUAACACGGCAGGGUCUCACUGUGAGAAGUGCAGUGAUGGGUAUUAUGGAGAUGCAACAGCAGGUACAGCCUCAGACUGCCAGCCCUGCCCGUGCCCAGGCGGCUCGAGCUGUGCCAUUGUGCCUCGCACGAAGGAGGUUGUGUGCACCAGCUGCCAGGCUGGCACUACAGGCAAGAGGUGCGAGCUGUGUGACGAUGCCUAUUUUGGAGACCCACUGGGCAAAAAUGGUGCCGUGAGGCCUUGCCGCCUCUGCCAGUGCAAUGACAACAUCGAUCCCAACGCCGUGGGGAACUGCGAUCGCCAGACGGGCGAGUGCCUCAAGUGCAUCUACAACACCGCUGGCUUCUACUGCGACCGCUGCAAAGACGGCUUCUUCGGGAACCCCCUGGCCCCCGAUCCUGCCGACAAGUGCAGAGCUUGUCACUGCAAUCCAUAUGGCACUGUGAAUCAGCAGACAAGUUGCAAUCAAGUGACUGGGCAGUGUGAGUGCCUGUCUCAUGUCACUGGGAGAGACUGCAGUGCCUGUGAGCCUGGCUUCUUCAACCUCCAGAGUGGACGUGGCUGUGAGAGGUGCAACUGCCAUGCACUGGGCUCCACCAAUGGCCAGUGCGACAUCCGAACCGGGCAGUGUGAGUGCCAGCCUGGCGUCACCGGCCAGCGUUGCGACAGAUGUGAGGUCAACCACUUUGGCUUUGGCUCCGAAGGCUGUAAACCCUGUGACUGUGAUCCCGAGGGUUCACGCUCCCUGCAGUGCCAGGAGAAUGGUCACUGCGAAUGCAAGGAGGGCUUUGUGGGGAGCCGCUGCGACCAGUGUGAGGAGAACUAUUUCUACAACCGCUCCUGGCCAGGCUGCCAAGAGUGUCCAGCCUGCUACAGAUUAGUGAAAGAUAAGGUGGUGGAGCAGCGUGAGAGGUUGCAGGAGCUGGAAAAUCUUAUAGCAAAUCUAGGUACAGGUGAAGAAACUGUAACUGAUCAAGUCUUUGAAGAGAGAUUGAAGCAGGCAGAAAGAGAUGUUAUGGAGUUGCUCCAGGAAGCACAAAACAGCAAAGAUGUAGAUCAGGGACUCACGGAUCGUCUCAAAGACAUUAACAACACGCUAACAAGCCAGCUCAACAGGCUGAGGAACAUCCAGGGCACAGUGCGGGAGACAGAGAACCUGGCAGAGCAAGCCCGGGUGCGGGUGGAGGACACUGAGGACCUGAUCAGCUUAGCUUCUGAUAUGCUUGAGAAGGCAAAGAUGGCAGCUGACAAUGUGUCCAUUACACCUCCAGAGUCAAGUGGGGACCCUAACAACAUGACUCUAUUGGCAGAAGAGGCCCGUAAGCUAGCUGAAAGACACAAAAAAGAAGCUGAUGAGAUUGUUCGCAUAGCUAAGGCAGCAAAUGAUACUUCCACAGAAGCAUAUCAGCUGCUGCUGAAGACCCUGGCUGGUGAAAACCAAACUGCAAAUGACAUUGAGGAGCUCAACCAGAAGUAUAAUCAGGCAAGGAACAUUUCUCGAGACCUAGAGAAACAGGCCAGCAAAGUGCUUGCAGAGGCAGAGGAAGCUGGAAACAAAGCCCUGCAGAUCUAUGCUAAUCUCACCAGUCUGCCUACUGUGGAUUCCACAGGGCUAGAGAAUGAAGCAAAUAAGAUCAAGAAGGAAGCGGAGGAGUUAGAUCAGUUAAUUGCCAGGAAGCUGAAAGAUUAUGAGGAUUUGAGAGAAGACAUGAAAGGAAAGGAGCUGGAAGUAAAGAACCUCUUGGAGAAAGGGAAGACGGAACAGCAGACUGCAGACCAGCUCUUGGCUCGAGCAGAUGCAGCGAAAGCCCUGGCUGAGGAAGCUGCUCGGAAGGGCAAUGGCACACUGCAGGAGGCUAGUACCAUUCUCAGCAACCUGAAAGAUUUUGAUAAGCGGGUGAAUGAUAACAAGACGGCAGCUGAGGAGGCUCUGAAAAAGAUUCCUGCCAUUACCCAGACCAUUGCUGAAGCCAACAAUAAGACACGCCAGGCGGAGCUGGCGCUUGGCAAUGCUGCUGCUGAUGCCCGCGAAGCCAAGGCAAAAGCAGAUGAUGCUGAGAAAAUCGCCAGUGCUGUUCAGAAGAAUGCUGCUGCUACCAAAGCUGAAGCUGACAAGACUUUUGCUGAUGUGACGGGGCUGGCCAGGGAAGUGGAUGACAUGAUGAAGCAACUACAGGAUGCAGAAAAAGAGCUGAAGCGGAAGCAGGAUGAUGCUGAGCAGGAUAUGAUGAUGGCAGGCAUGGCCUCACAGGCUGCCCAGGAAGCAGAAGACAACGCCAGAAAAGCAAAGAACUCUGUGAACAGUUUGCUUUCUGUCAUUAAUGACCUGCUGGAUCAAUUAGGGCAACUGGAGACGGUGGACUUGAACAAACUGAAUGAAAUUGAGGGUACCCUGAACAGUGCCAAAGACCAGAUGAAAGAUAGUGACCUGGACCAGAAAGUGUCUUUUCUUGAGAGAGAAGCCAGGAAGCAAGAUGAUGCAAUUCAGGCCUACAACAGGGACAUUGAAGAGAUCCUGAAGGACAUUAGCAACCUGGAAGACAUCAAGAAGACCUUGCCAUCUGGCUGUUUUAACACCCCGUCCAUUGAAAAACCCUAAGGGCGCACUGGGGGUGGGGGUUAUUCCCCUGGUGAGUGGUGGAGCGGUGGUUUGGCUAUGGAGUGCCUUAACACACAUUACCUUCUUCCAAUACCCAACUCUUCGCUGCUCGCAGCUGCUGUUUUCUUUUCAAAUCAGGAUAAGUUGAAAGAUUUUUUUUUUCUCUUUUUUUUUUUUUUUUUUUUUUUUUUUUUUUGAGAAGCAAAUUAAAUAUCCGUCUUUGGGCAUCAAAGGGCUUUUUUUAUAUACAUAUUUUCCUGAGCACUCCACCUUUGCCCCUUUCUCAGACAGUUUCCCUUUGAUUAGCGCAAGGAUGGGAGAUGCUCUGAACUCUUUAUACUGUGGUUCAGAAAUAACCAUGUGAGCUGUAUACAGCAAGGCAAAACUAACCCCACUUUCUCUCCUC